CAGCAAGAAAAGGAGCAUGAGGAGAGGAGCUCUAUCUCUAAGAAGAGACACAUAUCAUAGCUUGAUCCAGCCUCUCCCCUUGCUUCUCCGUUUCUUUAGCUUUUUGUUUGGAUGAGAGGUCACCCUAAAACAUCCAGUAUGUCAGCGAUGGAUGGUUUAAUGGAUAUGUGUCUCAGGGCUGCACGAAAGAGGAGUUGUUCGCAAGAAACAGCAGCAACAGGUCUGUGAGGAUGGAACGAUAAUGACGGUAACAUGCAGGCUUCUAAACGCCUGACACCUUCAGAGGUGAGAUGAGGCAACUAGAUGUUGGUUUACCAUGUGUAGUGUCCACUACAACCACUCCCUUGCUACCAUGAGCGGAAACGACAUGAUGGCGCACUCCCUGACUCUGGAGCAGAAGACAGCGUUUGCCUUCGUGGGGAUGCUGCUGGUGUUCCUGGGGCUGCUCAUAGUAAGGUGCUUCAGGAUCCUGCUGGACCCUUACAGCAGUAUGCCCUCUUCCAACUGGGCUGAUGGCAUUGAGGGGCUGGAGAAAGGGACAUUUGAGUACGCUCUCACUUAA